AUGCCAUCCCGUCCUGCUGCUGAUCGUGGGCUCCUUUCAAAUGGCCUUCACCCACAUGGCAUGGGAAGCCCAAUUGAUAGGCCUGGUGUACAAAUACAUUCACCAGGUGUAGAUUAUGCUGCUCUUUUUUGCCGUGCUCUAUUCCCGCCAGAUGCUAUUCCGGGGGGGAUGCCAGAUCGAUGGGUCGCUCGAUCGAAGCAUGGAGUCGUCUUCGAAGUCCUACCCUGCGAAAGAGACCUGCCUGUCGUUGCUGUCGCCGUUGCUGUCGCCGUUGCUGUCGUUGCUGUUGCUGUCGUUGCUGCUGCUGCUGUUGCUGCUGUUUCUGUUGCUGCCGCUGUUGUUGCUGCUGCCGCUGUUGUUACUGCUGCCGCUGUUGUUACUCCCGCUGUUGUUGCUGUUGCUGCCGCUGUUGCUUACUCCCUUAUCCGCGGAUACGACGUCGUAACGCUGGACGACCACGACCACCCUCACCACCACGCCCGCGUGCCGCAGAUUCAACACUCUCCUUCGGGAGGCGCCACCGAGGUCAGGGAAGCGCGACCUCCAUGGCGGACGGCAAAGCACAGGAUGGGACGUGAUCGUAUUAGGGCCAUCAAUAAGGCAGCCGGCCCCUUGGACACUCUUUCUCUAGCGUCCCCUUCCUGUCCGCCCCUUCCUGGGAGUUCUUCUCUCUCGGCCAAGUCGCACGGCCACCACGGGUCCAAGGCUCGCCCGCCGCACAAGAGUCCCUACUUCCACCCGCGUGAGAGGGACCACCUCGGGCAGGAUGACGGUUGGGAAGUUGGAAUCACUGCAAGCACGGCAAGUCCCACCACCGGAAAGUCGCUCCCCAACGCCGCCGCCGGCAUCCACGAAUACAGAGCGUCGCAAGCCAGUCUCGGCAAGGCCGGCUCACGCGUGCGAAGGAGCCGAGCGCCGAGCAUACACCAGGCCGCAAAGAGCGCCAUUGAGAUGCACGAAACGCCCGGCCGGCCUCUCGAGCCGGCUAGUGAUUGCAGCCCCGACAUGCUCGCCAUCGAUUCCACGGCAGCACGCACCGCUCCGUCCAACGAGUCCCAGCGAUCGCUAUCGAAGCGGGCCAUGCAACCUCAGUCGGAACCGUCGGCUCCCCCGGUCAAGCGACAGAAGCCGGCAAAGGCAGACGCCGACCCCAUUCAGGACUCCGAGGACGAGCUGAGCCGCGGCAGUCCCCUGAUGGAUCGAAGGCCGAAGAGGCUGACCAAUUUUUCCGACGUCAGCCAUCCUCGACGAAGGACCGAGUCCAGAGCGGAUAUCCAGCGGACCGACUUUGGCCUUCCUCGGCAGCAGGCCAACGUUUCCCCCCUCACCCUCGGCCCCAUGGUGCUGAAGAAAGCCGUUUGCGGCAAGCACAUCUACUCGAGCAACGGUCAGCGGCAGAACCUCGUAGGCCUCCGCGAGCACGUCAAGGGCAGCUCCAGGUUGAUACCCAUGACUCCGAAUGGAGCCGAAGCCAACUUUCCCUGGUUACGCAUCGAUGUCCCGGCAGCCUUCGCCUUGAAGCAUGCGUCGGUGGAAGGCGUUCACGUCAUCAUCUCGCGCCCCCAGGUUGCCGGUUUCUCCGGAUCGCUCGCUCUAGAGUUCAUGAGUCCCAGGGGCGCCAAGGCGCUCGUCUCCAUGGCCGACACGGCAAAGCGGGAGGAGACGGCCAAGCUUGACCUCGAGAAGAUAUUCAAACGCGCCGUCGAGAACGCCAUCGGUUACUCGGAAACGAAUGGUCAGGGUCGCAGAGACGCCAGUGGAACGACAGCAGAUGGCGCGCGAGGCGAUCGACCACCUUGGUGCGCCGCCCAAGAUGCGCCUGAAGACGAAUUGAAGCAGCCGAGGCGGGAGGCUGGAAAACGAGCCGAGGCCGUUCAGAAGUCGACCGACGUACCACAUCGUGCUGAGCCCGAAUCAAACGCCCAUGUCGACUUCUCGACGCAACGACGCGCGAGUCUCAGGACGCGCCGGACCAGGCCGCCAUCGCCAACGGCGACUCCCCUCAGCCCCAAACGAUGGUCCGUCCAAAAUCCCGCCUGGCGGACAAGCUGGCAGAGGUCGCUCGUAUAUCCUGCCACGGGCAAAAAUAGGGCCACCGUCGACGAUGAAGACAUUCGCCGCCUUGACGAGGGUCAGUUUCUCAACGACAACCUCAUCAACUUUUACAUACGAUACCUGCAAGUCAAACUGGAGAGGGAAUCUCCGGCCUCUCUCAACGAGGUCUACAUCUUCAGCACCUUCUUCUUCGAAAAGCUAAGGUCUACCAAGGGGAGGAUCAACUACGACGGCGUCAAGGCCUGGACCGCCAAGGUCGAUUUGUUCUCGUACAAUUACGUCAUGGUGCCCGUCAACGAGAACGCUCACUGGUAUUUGGCAAUCAUCUGCAACGUCUCCGGCGCGCUGGAAGGUGUGCCCGACCCCGAUGUUCAACUCGUCGAGUUGCCGUCGGACCAAUCUGUCGAGAUUGUAUCCACUCCCCGCUCCUCCAAGACUCUUCAGGCGUCACCACCCGCCAACGCUGCGAGAGCAAUCAAUCCACACCAACCAAAGAUUGUCACCCUCGACUCCCUGGAGUCUCCUCACUCCCCUACCUGCCGCGCGUUGAAGGAGUACUUGAUCGAGGAGGCCAGGAACAAGAAGGGAACCGAGCUGGCGGCGAUACCGAACGGCAUGUCGGCCAAGAAGAUUCCCUGCCAAGACAACUUCUGCGACUGUGGAGUUUUCGUUCUGGGAUACAUGGAGGAGUUCCUGAAAGACCCAGACGGAAUGGCCAACAAGCUACUCCAACGCGAAGAUCCCGGAUGGAAUAUUCAGCCUUCGAGCUUGAGAAGGAACGUCCGGGAUUUGCUAUUCACGCUCCAGGCCGAGCAACAGGAGCGACUUGACAAGGAGAAGGCGGCGAAGCGCAACGCCGCGGCCCAGAAGAAGGCCCUGGACAAGGGCAAGCGGCUAGGUCGCCAAGCCGCAAGCAUCUCUACCGCUUCGCCAAAGCCGUCGCCCGAGAUUGAUUCAUUAGCAAACAGGCCGGACGAGGGUUCUGCCGGCGGCCUGCCCAACAAAUCUGACAUGGCGAACCCAUCGCCGAAGCGGAAAGGGCUCCCUGUCGAUGCCGAUCCUGAUUUGAUCAGCGAGCUCGGUAGCAGCCCCCAGUUGACGCCAGAGGACGUUUUUUUCUCAGCCUCCGAAUCGGCGGGAGGAAACCUUCGAGGGAUCAGCCCCCACGCCCAUAAGCACUCCGACGCUGGUUCCGCUGGCGGCAACGAGCUUAUGCCUUCGUCCAAGCCUGAAAUUGUCGAUUUGGAGAAGAGCAUGAACCUUCUCGAGCCCCUGUCCAGUUCGCCCGCCGACGGUGACGAGGGGGAGAAAUCGCGGCAGCCAACGACGGCAACUGUGCGACAAGCCUCCAUCGAGAUUAUUAAGAAAGAUCCGAUGCUUCUGGUCAAGCAGCAACGCGCAGAGAGACAGACCGCUCGGCAGAAGCACUUUUAUCCCUUUUCACACACAUCCUCCGAACGUGUCGAGCGGCCCGCCCGAUCAGAGGCAGGAUACGACGGCAUCGAUCAAAGUGUGGACUUGACAGGCGAAAUAUGA